AUGAAAAUCAUGAGAAGGCUGACAGGGCCCCCUUCUACUCAAGAAAUCAUCCCCAUUCUGGGAAUGGGCGGGAUCAGAAAAACAACUCUCGCUAGAAAAGCAUACGACGAUCCUCAAAUCAUAAAUCGCUUUGAUAUCCACGUUUGGCUGACAAUAUCUCAAGAGUAUAAGAUUAGAGAUUUAUUGUUGAGUGUUGUUUCAUGUAUUUUAAAUGAGAACAAAGAAGAGACUGAGGAUCAAUUGAUUUUAAAUGAGAACAAAGAAGAGACUGAUGAUCAGUUGAUUUUAAAUGAGAACAAGGAAGAGACUGAUGGUCAGUUGAUUUUAAAUGAGAACAAAGAAGAGACUGACGGUCAGUUGAUUUUAAAUGAGAACAAAGAAGAGGCUAACAAUAAGUUGAUUUUAAUUGAGAUGAAAGAGACCGAUGAUCAGCUGAUGGAUAAAAUACGCAAAAGGUUAAUGAAGAAGAGGUAUCUUGUAGUCUUGGAUGAUAUUUGGAGCAAUGACGUCUGGGAUUUUAUGUCAAGAAUUCUUCCGGAUGACAACAAUGGGAGUCGAAUUAUUUUGACUAGCAGGCUCAGACAUGUGGCUAUGCAUGCUGACCCCGACAGCCCUCCUCAUGAGAUGAGCCUCUUGAAUUUAGAUGAAAGUUGGAAGUUACUUCAUGAGAAGGUGUUUGGGGUACAACAGGUUUGUCCUCCUGGAUUGGAGGAAAUAGGGAAGCAAAUAGCACAAAAAUGCCAAGGACUACCUUUAGCUCUUCUAGUGCUUGCGGGGCAUCUCUCUAAAAUUGCUAGAGCGAGAGAAAUUGGAAGGAAGUUGCCAAAAGUGUAAGUAAAGUUGUUGGUAAUGAAUCCGAUAAAUGUCUAGGAGUGCUUUCUAUGAGUUCAAUUAAUUACAUAAUCAUAUUAAACCAUGUUUCCUCUAUAUGGGAAUCUUUCCAGAAGAUAGUGAUGUUAACAUAGAGACAUUGAUCAAUUUAUGGGUUUCUGAGGGUUUUCUAGGGAAAGAAAUGCUCAAAACCCUGGAAGAAGUGGGAAGAGAUUGCUUGGAGGAUCUUGUUAGUAGGAAUCUCAUAAUGGUUAAGAAGAGAAGAUGGAAUAGUGAGGUGAGAACAUGUGGUGUCCAUGAUCUGGUUCGUGACUUGAUUUUAAGAGAAGCUGAGAAAGAGAAACUCCUGCAGGUUACUAAAAAUCCUUCAGCAGAGAUGCGUCAGGUUCGUCGAUACAGUUUCCAUUCAGGCAUUUAUCAGGCUGAUUUCUUGGAGUCAUCAUCAAGUGAUCUCACCCGCACUGUGCACUUCUUCCAUGGACUAGGUUCUAAACAAGUUCCUCUUUUCGCGCGCUUCAAACUACUUAGAGUGUUGGCAAUUCUCGAUUUUACAUUUGAAGAUUUUCCACUUGAGAUAACAAAAUUCGUACAUCUCAGAUACCUUCAAUUCAACUGUUACGAUGAUCUUCACCGGUUAGUGUCAGAGCUUUAUAAUCUGCAGACCUUGAUUUUUGGUUACCGGGGUGAUAAAACUCCAACUAUACCUGCAGCAAUCUGGGAGAUGAAACAUUUAAGGCAUCUUGACGUCAGUAACUUUUUUUCUUUCCAGAUUCCAUCAAGUAAGAUACAGUCUGG